AUCUUUUUGCGAGUACUCGUUGACGGAACGGGCAAGAACAGAGAGGAUUUUUGCAGGCUUAAAGGUGCUUACUUAAGAUUCUGUAGACCAUGAUAUUGAAGUUGUUGGACAAAGAUCUUCUUAGAACAUUUUUCACAAUGCACAUCAGACACUGUCCGAAAAUAAGUAUUAAGUCUAACUGCAAAAGUUCAUCCGUCCGUAUUUAGAUACUACGCUGCUUGAGGAAUCAACUUCCAGAGUAUCAUGCUCAUUCCUAUGCCGAACAAUACAGGCAGUAUCGAGGCAAAGCUUCGGAAUCUAGUGAUUCAAUUAGCAGAGCGGGAACAAAGAGCGCGUUUUCAUCUCCAUCCACACGAUAUGGGAGCGCCCGAAAGCAACGAGUCACAAUGGUACUUAUAGAUCAAAUAAUUAGGAAGGUUUGAAUUUCUUGGGAAAGAGCUCGAGCUCAUCAAUAAUUGUCCAUACUCUCUCACCUAUUUGUUUCUUCGAAUAUAUCCAAAUUAUUCAGGUAUAUCGGCUUUGAUUUCGAUCCUGGUGGCGAUUACACAAGUACAGAAGAGCAUGAGCAUGUUGACCUCCGGUCAGCCUGCGCGCAUUGGGCCACGUCAGUAGCCUACGAAACGAAAACCAGUAACGGCGUAAAACUCCAUCUCCAGAUCGUAAACGCCAACGAUGUAGCACAUAUGAGGUAAUAUUUUUACCUGCCUUGAAGAUAUCGAAAUGUAAUUUUUUGGUAUGAAAAGAACUACAACUAGCAACUGCAUAUAGCUUACUAACAAGAACGACUUACCUUCUACACCUGAUCUAUCUAUCAGAUUCCUUAUGCUCGUCUAUCUCUUUACGAAUCUUAGCAUACAAAACCCCCACAAUAACAGGAGAAAUAGCACCGGUGUCGGUCUCAAAAGCGGGUUUAUGAAGACGAGUAGUAAAACGGCCCUUAUUUUUCCUCACGACCAGAAAGUAGGAGGUAGCUACCAGUAUGGGAACUCUAGCUCAUCAUCUUCGUCAGCAGGUGGCGUAGACAACCUAAACGCGAAUAGCAGUGGAAGCUCCUCUACUGGAGGCGUAGUGUUAAAUUCUUUUCAACAUAAUGGAGCAGGAAGUGGACAGUCUUUAUACGCGAACUUGAGUAGUAGCCCGCCGACUCAUAGCGUCAUACCUGGAGGCGGAGGAGGCUCAUCUGGAAACGGUGCCAUUACAGGUGGAUCUAGUAGUACCAGUGGUGGGGGUACCACUACGAUACAACCUAGUAACAUCAUAGCUGGUACAUCAGCUACAGGCGGACCGCAAAGUGGUCAGCACAACACCACUGCUCAUACGACAGGAGGUGUACUAGCUGGAGGCACAGGUACUAGCUCUAGGCUACUUUCUACUGGAGGUACUACUACAACAAUAACAGCACAUGGCGUUUCCUCGGCGUCCAACUAUCCCGGGACUUCAAACGGCUCCACCCCCUACCACCAAUUAAAUCCACCAUCCUCAAGUGGUAUUAAUGCUGGGACAUCUGGUGCUGGAGCUGGAGGCACAACCAUGUCAAAAGCAGGCUCUCCGGCAGCCCUGGCUGGAGGAGGACUGACGAUGAACAUGAAUAUUAGCACAAAUAGCACAACCGGAGGUAAUACAAAUAGUAAUAGUAUGAAUAACGGCGGAGGUGGGGGUGCUGUGAGUCUAAAACCGAACCCAGCAAGGGGUGGAGCAGGGAUAACGUUGACGUCAGCAGCCAAACGGGUGUCCGAAGAUGGCAUCGACAUGCCUAAUGCUGGAGGAGCGAUAAAGCGUGCUAAAGCGUAGCCGAUUCAUUCCACUGGAGCAAUCAAGCGUGCUAGAGCGUAGUCUGCUAUUUUUCAUCUUCAUGCCAGCAUCGACCUGAAGAUGUCAUAAUUCAACGCCGGCAGCAGUACAACACUGGAGAGACCGGUCAAGCAGCGUGCUAAAGCAUUGUAGCCCGUUUACACCAGCACCACGUUAAUCAGAAGGAGCGACAAACUAAAGCGCGCUAGAGCCUAGCCGGGUUCCUGUUUCCUACCUGUUUCCUAGAAAGAAACCAACCGGCUUGGACUUUCGCUCUGCAAAUAUACAGAUGAAAUUUGUAUGUCUUGUCAUGCAGGUUGCGCUCGCUCUGUCUUGGUGGAUCAUCUUCAUGAUUACUUGUAUCUAGAAUAACAUGUUGAAUUUGAGGCGAACUGUUUUUCGCUAUUUUGAAUUGUAAGAAUCACGGUACUCGUACUUCGUCUCACAUAACGAACUUGUACACCCCAGUUCUUGGAGGCACAUAUCAGCGCUUAUUGUCAUCUUGUUUGUUAUACUACUUAGUCUUUUUUCUGGUGCUCUCUGUCUGAAACAACGAAGAACAUCGAAUGGAUAAGUUUUUUUUUCUCCUCUUAGCUUCCUCGGCCCCACCUCAACACGCUGUGAUUGUUACAUCUUUGUUAACCAUACUAACUUGUCAAUGGUUACAACUUCUAUCGAUACAUAUGCAGAAGCUGGUUGUGAAUUUCACAACGUGCAGCUUUUGCGUUGUCCUCAAGCAGUAUUUUUGUGGUCCACACUCAAUUUGAUUCCAUCUUGAACAAUAUAUAAGAAUGAGAAUCACGAUCGGCUUCGGAGGUGGUGGCAGAAUAUAAUCUGCUGGAUCUAAUUCGAAAUCAGCGCGGGCAUUGUAUCAAUGUGGCGGCGUAGUGGGGUAUUGUUGAAUAAAAUCUGCUGGAUUUGUCUUCUAGGUUUUGUUCUUUGGUCUAGAUAUUAUUGGGACGAAUGGUCCGUGACAGAGGUGUGUUCAAUUUGUACUGCAAUGCUAGUAGUUGGGAAUGCCCAUGAUCAUGAUCCCAAUGAAUCGACGGUGAAAGACAG